GCUUUAAAGCACCAGUGUUACGGGAGCUGCGGUGACGCGGCAGUGGGGCUGGCUUCCUCCACUCUAGCUGCAUUCAUAAACGGAUAUGAUAAAGCAGCGCUGAGCGCACCGGAGCAGCGACAACAGUCAGCGCUCACCAUGGCGGAAGAGGACGACGCGAGGAUUCGGAUUUUACAGAGCCUGCGGGGGAAAAUAUGUGAAGCUAAGAACCUAGGUCCGGUCUCAGGUCCAAAUCGACAAAAGGAUCUCUGCACCUUUUGCACCAUAAGUCUGGACCAGGAGGAGGUGUUCCGCACCAAGGUGUUCGACAAAAGUGCCAGCCCUUUCUAUGGAGAGGACUUCUACUUCGAGAUCCCUCGUCCAUUUCAGUGUUUAUCCUUCUACGUGUAUGCCAAGGGCGUUUUCCAGAGGGACCAACCUGUUGGCAAGGUGUCAAUCAGGAAGGAUGACCUGUUUAAAUACAGUGGGAAGGAGCACUGGUGUAGCCUUCAUCCAGUGGAUCCUAACUCAGAAGUCCAGGGUAAGGUUCACUUGGAGAUGCGAUUAAAUGAAGUGAUCACAGAGAACGGCUCAGUAGGUCAACACUUAGUUGUCCGGAUAAUCGAGUGCCAGGGUCUGCCUCUCAUCAGUGGGCAGAAUUGUGACCCCUAUGCGACCGUGUCUCUCGUCGGACCUGCCAGGUCCGACCAAAAGAAAACGAAGGUAAAGAAGAAAACCAGCAACCCUCAUUUUGAAGAGACGUUCUUCUUUGAGGUCACACGGUCCAGCAGCUACUCUAAAAAGUCUCAUUUCCAAGUGGAGGAGGAGGACAUUGAAAAACUGGAGAUCAAAGUUGAUUUGUGGAACAAUGAGAAUCUGGCUCAGGAUGUGUUUCUGGGGGAGACGCGGGUCCCUGUGAAGAUCCUGCGACAUGACCACAUUCACAAAGCCUGGUACCUCCUCCAGCCCAAAGGGAACGGCAGCAAGUCCAAGUCUGAUGAUUUGGGAUCCCUGCGUUUGAAGCUGACCUACAUAGAAGACACGGUGCUGCCAUCUGCCUUCUACACACCGCUCUGCAACCUGCUGCUCAAAUCCCCCGAUGUGAAGCCCAUCUCGGCGUCAGCAGCACACAUCUUGGGGGACAUCUGCAGAGAGCGAUACGAGGCUGUUCUGCCCACGGCUCGACUGCUGCUCCACCACAAUCGCUUUGUGCCUUUUGUCUCUGCUGUGGCAGCACUAGAGCUGGACAACACUCAGGAGGCGAACACUAUAUUUCGUGGCAACUCACUGGCAACACGCUGCAUUGAUGACAUGAUGAAGAUUGUGGGAAAGAAUUACCUGGCGGUUACACUGAAGCCUGUAAUAGAUGAGAUUUGUGAAUCCAACAAAACCUGUGAGAUUGACCCCGUUAAACUAAAAGAAGGUGACAACGUGGAGGUCAACAAGGAGAACCUUCAGGGUUAUGUGCAGAAAGUCUUCUCCUCCAUCACACAGUCGAGCUCCAGCUGUCCGCCCCUCAUGUGCGAUGUCUUCAGGUCACUGAGACAUCUGGCCUGCAAACGCUUUCCAGCUGACCCACAUGUUCAGUACUCGGCCGUCAGCAGCUUUGUUUUCCUGCGGUUCUUCGCUGUUGCUGUUCUUUCUCCGCACUCCUUCCAGCUCCGCUCGCACCAUCCUGAUCCUGAGAUUUCCCGCACACUUACCCUCAUCUCAAAAACAAUCCAGACGCUGGGCAGCUGGGGGAGUUUGUCGAAAAAACUGUCUAGUUUCAAAGAAACCUACAUGUACGACUUCUUCAAAUCAUUCCAAGAAGACAAGUGUAUCGAAAAAGUUAAAAAGUUCCUUGAUGAGAUCUCCACUAACAUCAGCAAAGAGUCCAGUGGGCUGGAGGACGCAGUGGUGCUCAAGGAGGGGGAAGUACAGAAACGUGCCCAGGGGAGGAAACGCCUUGGCAAGAAAAACUUUAAAAAGCGAUGGCUCAGAGUGACCAACAGGGAGCUCUCCUACCACAAACAUAAAGGGAAAGAGGCCCUCUGCAUCAUCAAUGUGAAGAACAUCCAGGCGGUGGAGAAACUGGAUGAAAGUGCCUUUAACCGCAAAAAUAUGUUUCAGGUGGUCCACUCUGAGAAGCUUCUGUAUGUGCAAGCAGGAAACUGUGUGGAGGCCAGUGAGUGGUUGGAGGUGCUGGGCCCGGUCAGCCGCUGCAACGAGGGCCGCCUCUCCACCUUCCAUCCAUCAAAUUACACCAGUGGAGCCUGGCAGUGCUGCAAGAGCCAGAGUAGCAACGCAGCGGGCUGUAAGCCCUGCACCACCACCGUGCUGGCCAACCUGCAGCUGGACAUCGACUGUGACCGGGAAACGGAGAGAAUCUUUUCCCUCCUCUCCUCAAACGACACCAAGCUCCAGAACAUGGAGGAUGCAUGUGCCAGUAUGGCGGUGUACCAGGGCCCUCAGCGGGAGCAGGAGGAGUACUCCAAGUUCACCAUUCAGGAACCCAAAGAGACCUUUCAGACACUCAAACAGCUCCGGAACAUCAUGGAGGAACUUCAGAGGCAGCACAACAUCCGCAGUGACACCACGCCGCAGUACGGGAGCCUGGACAACCCCAUAGUGGGGAAAACCUCUUAACCCGGGCGGAGCGGUGUGGCCUGAAACAGCCGUACCAGCAGGUGUCGGUGCACCACGCAGCGUUUUACCGGGUCCUAAAGGAGCCCCUGGAGUUGUCCCAGCGAGAGCGCCCGCUGUGUGUCCAGGAGGAGAGCGAACGAUACACCCUGACCUCCAGACAUCACGAGUCCACUACAGCAGUGACCGCCUAAGAAGGGAAACCAGAACAAGCUUCUCUCCUCGGCCUUUGAAAUGAGCGAACCCUUAGGUUUUCUUCUGAUCCCUCUUCCUCGUCUUAAUUUAUGUCCUCUUUUACGUCUACGUGUGUGAAAAAGGCAUCAUUACAUGGUGUGUGAAUAGGCUGCUAAUUUUUUUUUAUUCACCCAAUUUAUUUUAGAUCAACAGCUGUGAUGCUCGCCCAAAUCUUUUACGGUUUUGCUCUGACGUCUAUCUUCAGAGUUGAUUUAAUAAUCAUCUUUGUGGAGGAUCGUCCUCUGUUUGUGCCCCUUUUAUCUUUCUCCACUCUUAGUGUCCUUCCUCUUCUGAACAAAUGUGUAUAUAUAUUUUCAGAGGACCGUUAAGUAGAGGAAACCGAUCUGCCUUACUUUGGAUGUUUCUUCACAUUUAAUGCUGAGGGAAUAAUGCAGAAGCACUUUACAUAUUUGGAGCUCUCCAAAUGGAAAUGAUUAGAUACUUGGUAUCAGAUUUCCCCAUUUUGAUCAGUUACAUGAUCUUGAGUACAUUUUUCUUUGAUCCAUUCGUGUACAAUAACAUUUAUAGCCUGUAGAUUUUAAGAUAUUUUUCUCGACCAAAGACAUUUUCAUAGGUGUGACUUGAAUUUUUUUUAUGUAUUUUCUAUACAAAUGUUUUAAA